UGCACGGUCGCAAGUGUUGCGAAAAGAGUGGGAAAAGUGUGUUUUAACGCGGAGCACGUUGCGGUCCCGCGUACGGCGUCACGAACGAGAAAAAGGGCAUCCUUGGUCAGGGCGAAUACGCACGGCGCACGGAAACACGGUGUUUCGCUUUGUUCGGCGAAGCCCAAGGCAAAAACGGUUUGCCACUUGCAACUCGUGGAUCGAUUUGCGUGCCCAGUCCCGGCUCUGCGCAGUGCGAGUGUGUCGGAUAGAGGAAAUGCUGUAGUAGUGCGAGACGAAGGCACACAAAGGCACACCGACCGACCGAAUUCGUCGCAGCGGCCCUGUACGACCACCAUCAAAGCACGGCUGCAGAAACGGCCACUACGACGCAUACAUUGCGCGCUCUUACGAGGGUCGCUGAAGCGCGCGGUUUCAGCGCCACCGCCGGCCGAGAGAGCUAGACAGAGAGAGGGCGAGUGUGUGCACGCGCGCGAAGGUGUGUUAGUGUGGUCCGUGUGCGCGUGCGAGAGUGUGCGUGCGUUCGAUUUCGGCAAUCUUUUUCCGUUUCCGAGACGGCGUUUUUCGUUCGCUUUCGCCUUCUAAGUUGCACGACACGACGAGAUGGAGAACACCUCCUACGGAAUAAAUGUGGCCAAUCGCUACGAUCUGUUCUGCAUCGACGACGAUGCGGACGAUCCGAUCGAUUCGAUUCUGAAGAAUAAACAGAAGCAGCAAAAAAAGCAGCAGCAGCAGCAAAGUGCGGCGGCGGCCGCCGGAACGGGUGCUGCGGCCCCGGCAGCUGGCCAGCAGGCGGCGACGGUGCAGUCGAAAACGAACGCAAAAGGUGAGAAGGAGAACAAGUCCGGCGGUGGGCGCGGUGCCGAAAACCGCCACCCGGACAAGUCCGCCACGGCCGAUGCGAAGCUUGCACAGACCAACGGAACCGGCAAUCAUUUACAUAAUCAGCGCGGCGGCGGUGGCGGUGCGGGCGGCGAACGGCGGGGCAUCAAGGAAACGCAAAAGGACAACAUUCGCAAUCAGGAAAACCAGAAAACGGGCGGCAAUCAGGCGAACAAGCUCCCACGGAGCGGUGGACCGAACAGCAAGAGCCAGACCGGUGGAGGAGCCCCCGGUGCUGGUGCCAACAACGACGACAAGCAUCCGCGUAAAGCCCGCGACUUCGAGAGCGCACCGGAUGGUGGGGCACAGCGAAAGCAACCGUACGCGCAGAAUGGCGUGAAGCAGCGCUUCGAUGCUCGCGGCAAGCGCGAGCUCGACCGCCAGUCCGGCUCGAACAAGACAGGCAUCAAGGCGGUGGACAAACGGGACGGCGCUGGUUCGCACAACUGGGGCAGCUCAAAGCAGGACGCCAAGGAGUUCUCGAACCUGCAGGAACAGGACUACCAGCCGCAGGAUGCCGAUACGAGUGGCGAGGAAAACAAACCGCAAACGGACCGCAACAACAGCACCACCAAUGGCAACAACAAUAGCGCCGCCGCAGGCGAGGGAGGCGAAACUGGCGAACCCGGAACCACCACCAAGGCAGAGGACGAGGCAAAGGAGAUGACGCUCGACGAGUGGAAAGCACAAAAGGCGGCCGUUCGACUGAAGCCACAGUACAACUUGCGAAAGGCGGGCGAGGGCGAGGAUGCGGCUCAGUGGGACAAGAUGGUGGCAUUGAACAAGAAAUCGAUCGCGGCCGACGGUGGCACUGAAGACGACGAAGGUAACGAUACUCAGAAGUCGACGGCGGCGUCCGCGUCGGCGACUCCGGCAACGGCCACUGGCAACAAGAGCAACAAGCAGGUCCUGGACAUCGAGUUCCACUUCAACGACAACCGCAGAGGCGGCCUGGGCCGUGGGCGAGGAGGUGGCCGCGGCGGCAAGGGAGGCAGCCGCGGGAUGGGCCGCGACGGUCCCGGUGGUGGUGGUGGUGGUGGCCGACGCGAGUACGGCGGAGGCGACAACUAUCAUCGGAGCGGCGGCGGCGAAGGCGGCGGCUAUGAGCACCGUGGCCCGGGAGCCGACUCCGACGGUGGUACUGGUGGUGGCGGCGGCGGCGGUGAGCGGCCGCAGCGGGACAAUCGGCGCAACAACCGACCGCCCGGUGUUGGCGGUGGCGGCGCUGGUGGUUCCCACUACGAAGGCGGGGGUGCCAACAAGUUCAGCAGACCGAACCCACGCCCGCCCAGGCAGCAUUUCGUCGCUGCCCCGAAGGUGGACGACGAGCACGACUUCCCGUCCCUGGGCUAAGCGCGGGGCCGGCCAGCAGCACGGUCCCUGUUGCGGCCAUCCAACCCUGCUGGAGCCCACAGUGACCACGCAGACUGCUUAGAACAGGAGGAAGGGAGGAGACUGCGCCAGUGGAAGGACACACAGAGAGUUGAUAACGAGUUUUUUCAAUUUCCUUUUAUUUGCUACUAUGCCUUUAGAUUCGUUGAAGAAACACAGAGAUAGAGAGAUAGAGAGAAGAGAGUCUAACUAAGCGAGACACAGUUGUUGGCUGCAACCAGAGGAAAGUAAUGAUCCCGCAAGAUCACACCUCCGAGUAAAGAACGAUCCUGUAGGGCGGAAUGCCACAAAUCGCGCGCAUUUCGAUCAUAAGGAGGUGUAGUAGGCAUAGUGGAAGCAUCGCUUCCCUGGGCAACCAAAGCAUCCUUGGAUCACUGCUACCCCAGCAUGCUUGGAUAGCCGGCUCAAAUGUGAAACCCUUAAAUAUACUAAAACCAACCUUCUUGCUCCGUUCGUGUCGUGUGUUGUGGUUGGUGCAAUUCCGGCGUUGCGUUCCGUAUUAUUACCCCGCCAUCGGUGGCAUACUGUUCGUUUUUUUUUUUUACUGUGCCUCUAUUUGGUAUUUUUUCAUGCAUCUUUUUCUUUGCUUCAAGAGCCGUUUUCCGUUUGCCCCGCGAAGUUAACGUUUUCUCGUUUAAGAAAUAGAAUAUGCCGGUUCCGCUCUCCGUUUCCUGUGGCUGGUGGUAGCAUAUGAGUUUUAAUACUUGAAACAGAACAAGAGGAAACGAAACGAAAAUACAAACAACAUUAUUAAUCGUGUGAAUUGCUGCUGAUAAUGCUGUUUAUGAUCACAAACUAUACACAUAUAAAUACAAGAUAAGGUUCACGGAGAGAGAGAGAUAGGGAGGGAGGGAGAGAAUGGAAAACUGCAGGAGCGAAAAAUUGGACCGAAACACACACUACUCGGUUCGUCGAGAAACGUUUAUAUUAAUUUGAGAAUUUAUAAGAUCUUCAGUGUUAAUUAAGAAGAUCAAAGAACGAAGGGCACUUAUUUCUUCUUUUAAGUUUUUGUUUAUUACUAAUCCAUUACUUAGGGAAGUAACUACAAGAAAUUGAUGUUUUCGCGCGGUGGAUUACCGUGUGGUUGCGCGGCCACAGAGAGAGAGAGCAUCGCCACAGAGAAGCAACAUAUAAAUUGCGCGUAUAUUGCCUUCCGCCGUCGUUCGCCAUCCGCCGUCACUAUACGGCUCGUUCUCUCAUCCUAACUACAGGAGCAAUAAGAUCGUCGGAGAUCGCACUAACCGGAAUAUCUAUCCUAGUGGGGGGGGACAUAUUAUACCGUAUGUGGUGUAUCUUUGACGAAUCAUGCCUAAGAAAGGUGCAACACUAUCCGAAGAAAGAACUAACUAGGACUCUGGAGGAGCGGAGUCCUGGGCCGUGAAAAUUAGGACUCCAAGCCAGCACACGUACUGUACUACACGUUACUCCCUAAGAACAACACAUUUAAGCGUAAUAAAAAAUUAGCGCAAAAAUCUGAAUUAAUCCGCGAAUUGGAAGUUCCAAACAUUGAUGGGGGACCACCGAUCUGUGGCACGACACACCCACAACCGUAGGCCGGGGCCAGAUGAUGUUGAGGGAGGGUGGGGGUGGUUUAGGUCUUCCGCUUACCGAUGCUCUGCCGAAGGGUGGUAUGCAUUUACGAAACAACCGUUCGGGAAAUGUUGCUCAGUUGAAACAAGCAGUCGCGAUGAGCUCUGAUGCCGCACUAAACUAAAUACUCUGUGGAACGGUUAUGAUCGAGUUAUCCUCAAAAAUUGAUCAGCAAUAUGCAUAUUGGCCCUCGGGACGCGCAAAGGAAUGGUUUAUUUGAAAUUUUAACUUUUAGGAAUGCCGGAAGAUUGCUGCUACAUGUAAGAGCAUCACGGAAAAGCACUGCAGAACCAGAUAUAGACAGAGAUAGAUACCAUAAAUCGAAAAAAAUCAUAUGUACACAUAACCAGUAUCUGUUUCAGACCGGUCUACGAUCGAUCCGGAGUACAGCCACAAUUCAGCAAGAUGAAUUAGGCGGCCAGUGCGUUUGCGUUCGCUAAAAACGCACUGCCCCAUCAAUGUGGUUUCCUUUGGGUCUUUGAAAAAGAAAGGAAGAAGCAAAAUAAAGUGAAACAUUUGU